UGAAAACACAUGAUCGUGUAUCAAACUGUUAUCGAAAGCCGACCAUACCAUAUUUACUAAUCUAUAGUAGUACAAGUACUUUUGUUAAUUAAAACAAUCCUAACAAUAGGUUAAAGUUCGUAAAGUUGUUAUGGCAAAAACAUUAUACUUCAUCAUAUUGUUUGUGUUGACAUAUGUAAUAGCUCAGUCAAGAAAUAAAAAUACUUGUUUAAAUGCAUACGGAGAAGAUGGGAUUUGUAUAAAUAUUAAAAAUUGUCCAUCAAUGUUAUCAAUACUUGAAAACGAUGUAAAAAAUGAAGAUGGUAAUAAAAAUAAUAGUGCAGCAGAUUUUCUUAGAAAAUCUAUGUGUGGAAACGAAGGCAAAGACCCAAAAGUUUGCUGCUCAAUAAAACCAACAACAUUUAACAGUAGAAAAAAGAAUGAUUCGUUGAGUUCUCAAAGCUCUGAUUCAACGUAUUCUAAUUUACCGUUACCAGAUACGUGUGGUAUCAAUAAUGUCACCACAACGAAAAUUAUUGGUGGAUCACCAGCUGAGCUAGAUAAUUGGCCAUGGAUGGUUGCCUUAGGUUACCACAGAAUUAACCAACCCAGAACAGAUACACCAGAAUGGAAUUGUGGUGGUACUUUGAUUUCUGACAGAUACGUAGUUACGGCAACUCACUGUAUAGUUACCUACAGAGUACUAACUACGGCUCGAUUAGGCGAUUUAGACUUGAAUCCCGAAGUUGAUGAUGGAGCAGAACCGAUAGACAUUCCUAUCCAAAAAAUUAUAACUCAUCAAUCCUACAGUAAAAUAACUCAUGCAAAUGACAUAGCUUUGUUGAAGCUAGACCGUCCAGUUCUUUUCAACAAACACGUUCAACCCAUUUGUUUACCUAUAUCUCCAACAAUGAGAGCAAAUACGUUUCUGAAGUAUGAACCUUUAGUUAUAGGAUGGGGAAUGAUAGCAGUUGAGGGGCCAAUGACAAGGACCACUGAACUAAUGCAGGUUAAUGUACCAGUUGUCGAUAAUGAGAACUGCAAUCGUUCAUAUACAGGGAUUCGCGCUAUUAUAGAUGAUUCCAUUAUAUGUGCAGGAACAGGGAAAGCGGAUUCAUGUAAGGGCGAUUCUGGCGGACCAUUGAUGUGGCCAAAAGGGAAACAGCAUUACUUACUUGGCAUCGUAUCAACUGGUUUUAAAUGUGCAGAAUCAGGUUUUCCAGGAUUAUACACUAGAGUAUCACAUUAUAUUGAAUGGAUAACAGAGAAUAUGAAUAAAAAUUAGACGGAGAUAUAGUGAUUUUUGCAAGAUCAUAAUAUUAAUUUUUUGUAUUAUUUUACAAUAAAAAAUAAAUGAUACCAGUUUAUUUAACUGACUAAAAUUGUAUGAUGAAUUUGUUUUUUUAAAUACAUAUUUUAAACGAAUUAUAAAACAUUGUACUUAAUAAAUAAUAAAUACAAAAACAAUAAUA